AUGGCGGCGCCGCUGCGCGGGCUGCUGCGGGCGCUGCCGGCGGCGCUGGGAGGCUGCGGGCUGCUGCUGGGCGCCGCGCUGGCGGCGGGCGACGAGCGGCUGUACGCGGCCGUUCUGCCCGCGCUCCGCGCCCUGCCCGCCGAGACCGCGCACGGGCUGGCUCUGCGCGCCGCCGCCCUCGGGCUGCUGCCGUCCGCCCGUCCCGACGGCCCCGAGCUGGAGGUGCGAGUCCUCGGGCAGCGCUUCCGCAACCCCGUGGGCCUGGCGGCAGGCUUCGACAAGCAGGGCGAGGCUGUGGAUGGGCUGUACAAGAUGGGCUUUGGCUUUGUGGAAGUGGGGACUGUCACACCCCAGCCCCAGGAGGGGAAUCCCAGGCCCAGGGUGUUCAGGCUGGCGGAGGAUGAGGCGGUCAUUAACAGGUAUGGAUUCAAUAGCCAUGGCCACGUGGCAGUGGAGCGUAGGCUGCGGGCCCGCCAGGAGACACAGCUCAGGCUCACUGGUGCGGGGAUGCCCCUUGGAGUCAACCUGGGCAAGAACAAGAGCUCUGCUGAUGCUGCAGAUGACUACGUGGCUGGGGUCCGGGUGCUUGGCCCUUUGGCUGACUACCUGGUUGUGAAUGUGUCCAGCCCGAACACCCCAGGGCUGCGGGACCUGCAGGGCAAGGCUAAGCUGCAGGACCUGCUGACCAAGGUGCUGGCGGAGAGGGAUGCGCUCCCCUGUGAGCGCAAGCCAGCUGUGCUGGUGAAGAUUUCCCCUGAUCUCAGCACGCGGGACAAGCAGGACAUUGCUAUUGUUGUCUGUGAGCUGGGUGUGGAUGGAUUGAUUGUCAGUAACACAACUGAGAGCCGCCCCAGCAGCCUCCGGAGCCCGCAGCGCACAGAGCUCGGGGGUCUCAGCGGGAAGCCCCUGCGGGAGCUCUCCACACAGACCAUCAGGGAGAUGUAUUCCCUCACUCGAGGUAGGGGCAGCGCAAGGCGUGGGGCACAUGCUGGCAUCACCCGUGCCAUCCUGAGUCGGUGCCUGCCCACAGGCCAGGUGCCCAUCAUCGGGGUAGGUGGUGUGAGCAGUGGGCGUGAUGCCCUGGAGAAGAUCCGUGCUGGAGCCUCACUUGUGCAGAUGUACACAGCACUCGUGUAUCACGGGCCGAUGGUGGUGGGAGCAGUGAAGCGAGAGCUGGAGGAGCUGCUGAGAACCAGGGUCAGGCUGGGAGGAGCCAUGGCUGAGCAGGAACAGGCCCAACCAACGCUUCCAGUGCUGGGUGGGCCGGAACUCAGCGAGGUCCUGGUCCUCGUCCCAGCCCUGGAGAAGAGUCGGUGACAAGUGAGACUGAGGCUGCACUGGUGGAGAGCAGGAGCAGCUCUCCACACUGCUGCCACUCUCCAAGGCUGUAUUUUGGCUUUUCUGUGGGUUGGGCUCCGCAGCAGAAACCAGCGCUGGGGAAGGCUCUGCUGGGUGGUGAGGAAGGCUCCUGGGGAAACAGCCGCAGGCUGCGGGCAGCCUUGUGCCCGAGCUCCUGCUGCAGCACUUCCCCAUGGAGGAAACACCUUCCCAGCUCUUCUGCCCAGGGCUGGGAGCCAGGCAGUGUUGUGGAUGUCCCUUCUGCCAGGGACCCCGCAGCCCGUGCCGCCUGCUCUCGCUGGCGCUGGGCCCUCCCACACCGCAGCCUCUGCAGAGGCUCUGCCCCCCUCACCCUCCUCGGCACGUGGUCCUGUAACAAACCUGCAAGCCCUGGGUCCUGCCCAAGGGUCAAUAAACGUUUGCCUUGCCUGG